CUCCCGAAACAAAAAAAAAACAGACGUGUUUUGCCUUUCAAUUUAUUCACAUGUUUAAAUAAGUAAAUUCUUUGUUUUCAAAUCAAUUCUAAUUAAUAGUGAAUGAUUAAAUUCAUCUGCCCAAACAACAAAUGACUGUCAAAACAACAAUGUCCAAUAAUGAUAAUCAUGAAUUGUCUCAUGAUGAUGAUGAUGAUGAUACAACGAAAUCCGAUGAGAACAAUUCGAAUGCAAUGAAUGGUUUGAUUAGAAAAAGACGACCUGGUAUCAUUGAGCUUGGUGAUGUUACACCGCAUAACAUAAAACUACUUCGACGCCUAAAUCAGGUCAUUUUCCCUGUCAGCUAUAAUGCCAAAUUCUAUAAAGAUGUUUUGGAAUCUGGCCCGUUAGCUAAAUUAGCCUAUUACAAUGAUAUUAUGGUUGGUGCUGUUUGUUGUCGUGUCGAUACAUCGGAACCGAAUACACGAAGAUUGUAUAUAAUGACAUUGGGAUGUUUAGCAUCAUAUCGUCGGCUUGGAAUCGGUACCAAAAUGGUCGAACAUAUAUUGGAUUAUGUUGCCAAUAAAGAUUCAAAUUUCGAUAGCAUCUUUCUACAUGUUCAGAUUAACAAUGAAGAUGCUAUUGAAUUUUAUAAAAGAUUUGGUUUCGAAAUUAUUGAAACACGAAAAAAUUAUUACAAACGUAUCGAACCUCCGGAUGCACAUGUAUUGUCGAAAAAUUUGAAAAAAAUAACCAAUUGAUUUUAUUUUUUUCUGUCUCUUUAGAGUUAAAUCUCAAUUUACAAGGAUUGAUUGAAAUUAAUAAAUUUUUUUCAUCAUCAA